AUGUCCUUUGUCGACCUCAAACACAUCCCCUGUCCCGCCGGAGACAAGUGUACUGCAUUCCAGUGCCUCUUCCAGCAUAAAGAAGACAGGGAUAAGAUGGCUGCCACAUCAGCACCGGCACUCAAAAAGUCAGGAACGUCGGCCCAGACGUCGACUGAUGCCUCGACGAAUGCAACCCAGGAUGGCCCUCGAAAACGUCCGAAAGUUGCCCAAGACGUCAGCGGCCCCGCCGUCUCUGCAAGAACUCCUACUCCUGUCAAAACCGCCUCAAAACAAGACACAACGGCACCGAGACCAGAUGACACUCUGUCAGCUGUCGCUCGCCCCAUCUCUCCUCCACCUUUAAAUCGCCAGACCGCCUCUUCCUCCAGGCCUGUCUCAGCUGUGAAGAAGGGCACUCAUCUUCACCCUGCUGUCCCUUCUCUCGCUUCAACUCCUUCGUCUCAUCCCAACAACUCAUUGAAUCACUCAAAGUCCUCUCCUUUAUCUUCGAGUAAUCACCCACCUAAGCGGAAGCUUGACUCACUUACUGGCAACACCCCAACUACUACUACUGGCACGUCUGCCUCCACCCCAAAGUCAAAAGCAACUUCAGUCUCACACGACACCACUACUACUUCUACCUCACCUCACACUCCUUCAACCCCAUCCAAGGAGCCGCCACCCAAGCUCAGAAAACCUGAAGCUCUCAACCCUCGCUUGCUCAAAGGCAUCAAAGCUCCAGCGGAGUUCAAGACUCGCUUCAGGCUAGCGCAGUUGCUACACCAAGAGUAUACUCGCCUCAACAACGAACUUAAGAAAACCGCAAAAGACGACGACGAGAAGCAGCUCGUCCUCACGGACCAAGACCUUAUCUGGAGAACCCUCGACGAAGAGGAGAACACCGCCAUCGAGAAGAACGCCAUCUACGGAAACGUUCUCAAAAACAAAAUCAUGCAGUACAAGAAGAUGACGCUGCUGCAGUGGAAGGAGGAGAGAGUCGUCCAGCGUCGCCAGCAAAGCCCAAAGGGCCCCCACAAGAAACUUCUCGCCUCGCCCAAGAAGGUGGUCACGGGUUUGACGCCGGCCCAGGAAGUCCAGCUCGUCCGUCAUCUCAUCACCCCCAUUGACGGCCUCGCCAACCACGGUUACGUCUCCUCCAUCCCCAGUGAAGCAGACGUCGAGAAGGCCCGCCAGGGUCUCGAAGCCGCCAAGGGCUGGGAAAAAUGCGAUCGCUGUGAGAAACGUUUCCAGAUGUUCCCCGGCAGACGCGAGGAAGACGGCGCGCUCGCCUCGGGCGGCAAGUGCACCUACCACUGGGGCAAGACGUACUUCCCCGAGCGCCAACUCGGCGACAGAUCCAAGACUCCCAAGCGGUACCGCUGCUGCGGUCAGGCUGUUGGAGACUCGGCCGGCUGCUACACCGUCCCUCACCACGUCUUCAAGGCCUCAGACCCCAAGCGCCUUGCCACCGUCCUCAACUUCGCCGAGACGCCCGCCAACCCCAAUGUUCCCUCUGACAGAGCCGUCGCCUUCGACUGCGAGAUGUGCUACACUGUCUAUGGCCUGGAGUUGGUGCGUCUCACCGCCACUGCCUGGCCUACCGGUGAAGAACUUUUGGAUGUGCUCGUGCAACCUGUCGGUGAGAUCCUGGAUCUCAACUCGCGCUAUUCCGGGGUUUGGCCUGAGGACAUGGCUAAUGCAGCACCCUGGUCCGCCAAGGAAGAGGACCCCACUCCCGCCCAGGCCAAGAAAAUGGCCAACAACAACAACAACAACAACAACAACAACAACAAGAAGCCCAAGAAGACGAUGAAGAUUGCCUCCUCCCCCUUGGUCGCCCGCGACCUCCUCUUCUCCCUCAUCAGCCCCGACACACCUCUCAUCGGCCACGGCCUGGAGAACGAUCUGAAUGCCGUCAGAAUCGUUCACCCCACUCUCAUCGACACCGUCCUUCUCUUCCCCCACAAGUACGGCCUCCCCUACCGCCAGGGUCUAAAGAUGCUCAUGGAGAACCUCCUGAACCGCAAGAUCCAAGUAGAGACAGCCGGCAAGGUCCAGGGCCACGACAGUGCAGAAGAUGCCCGCGCUGCUGGCGACCUGGUCCGCCUCAAGCUGUCAGAAGAGUGGAAGAGCAUGAAGAUCAAGGGCUGGAAGCUCGUGAAUAACGAGUUCGUCGCGCCCGGCGGAAAGGCUAGUAGGGACGACUACCGCGGCCAGCUCACGGCAGAAUUCUUGGAGGCCGCUCUCUAG